CCCUCUGACUAGUCACUAGCCGACCGCGCGGGAAGCGGUCCGGUUCACGACUUCACGCCGCUGGCUCCCCUCGCCAUGGCCGGGGACCGCGGCCGCGGGGCCGCGGAGAGGGUGGAUGCUGCCGUGGGGGCGGUGGGAUCCGGUGGCUGGGAGUUCCGGAACGCGUACAGGCGCCAGCUGCUGGCUCUGUCGCGGCGGAUCCGGCUCCUCGGCCCCUUCGCCGAGGAGCUGCGGGAGGCACGCCGGGGGUCCGCGGAGCAGGAGGAGCAGGAGCGGGCGCUGGCGCCUCUCGCCGACGCGCUGGAGGAGGCACUCGACCUGCUCCAGCUCGGCCGCGACGGCAGCAGGAUAUUCCUGGUCCUUGAUAGGGAUGAAGUAAUGAAGAAGUUCCAUGAAUCAAUUGCUCAGCUGGAGCAAGCCCUGUGCGAUUUUCCAUAUGAUAAACUGGAUAUAUCUGAUGAAGCUAGAGAGCAGGUUGAGUUAGUGCAUGCACAGCUCAAAAGAGCCAAAGAGCGGGUCGACAUGCCCGAUGACGAGUUCUACAACGAAUUAUGUUCGCUGUAUAACAAGAGCCACGACCCAAGUGCUGAGUUGGAUAUCCUUGGGAGAUUGUCGGAGAAGUUACACCUGACGACCAUCGCUGAUCUCACGCAAGAAUCACUUGCUUUGCACGAGAUGGUGGCAUCUGGUGGUGGCAACGAUCCUGGAGAACACAUUGAGAAAAUGUCGAUGCUGCUGAAGAAGAUCAAGGACUUUGUGCAGACUCAGAACCCUGAAACGGGCCCGCUGGUGACUGCCAAGCCAAUGGGUUCCAACGGGAAGCCAAGACCUGUAAACGUUCCUGACGAGUUCCGGUGCCCAAUCUCUCUUGAGCUGAUGAAAGACCCGGUUAUCGUUGCUACUGGCCAGACAUACGAGCGGGCAUUGAUCGAGAAAUGGCUAGCUUCCGGGCACCAUACCUGUCCAAGCACUCAACAAAGGAUGCCAAACACGACGCUGACACCGAACUAUGUUCUCAGAAGCCUUAUCACGCAGUGGUGUGAGGCCAACGGGAUCGAUCCACCGAAGCGCCCGACGCAGCAGCCUGACAGACCUACAUCUUCAUGCUCUUCGAGCGAGCGCGCCAGCAUCGACGCUCUCCUCUCCAAGCUAUGCUCCGCAGAUCCCGAGGAACAGAGAUCGGCUGCCGCAGAGCUCCGGCUCCUAGCGAAGCGGAACGCGAACAACCGGAUCUGCAUCGCCGAGGCCGGUGCCAUCCCCUUGCUACUGAGCCUCCUGUCUUCGUCUGACCUGCAGACGCAGGAGCACGCCGUGACGGCGCUUCUGAACCUCUCCAUACACGAGGACAACAAGGCGAGCAUCAUACUGUCCGGCGCUGUCCCGGGCAUAGUUCAUGUCCUCAAGAACGGAAGCAUGGAGGCACGGGAGAACGCUGCGGCCACACUCUUCAGCCUAUCGGUGGUGGACGAAUACAAGGUCACGAUCGGGGGCACAGGAGCCAUCCCUGCCCUCGUGGUCUUGCUGAGCGAGGGCAGGCAGCGCGGGAAGAAGGACGCGGCGGCUGCCCUAUUCAACCUGUGCAUCUACCAGGGGAACAAGGGCCGCGCCAUACGGGCUGGCCUCGUGCCACUCGUCAUGGGGCUCGUGACGAACCCCACCGGAGCUCUGCUGGACGAGGCCAUGGCGAUCCUGUCGAUACUGUCCAGCCACCCCGAGGGCAAGGCCGCGAUCGGGGCGGCGGAGCCCGUCCCCGUCCUCGUGGAGAUGAUCGCGGGUGGGUCGCCGAGGAACAGGGAGAACGCUGCCGCCGUGAUGCUGCACCUGUCCGCCAGCGUGCGGCAGUCCGCGCAUCUGGCUCGGGCGCAGGAGUGCGGCAUCAUGGCCCCGCUGCGGGAGCUGGCACUGAAUGGCACGGGGAGGGGGAAGAGGAAGGCCGUGCAGCUGCUCGAGCGGAUGAGCAGGUUCCUGGUCCAGCAGCAGGAGGACGCGGUGGAUCCACGUGUGCAGGAGCUGGAGGAGAUCGAGCGCCAGCUUGCCGCCUUUGGACCUGGCGUUACGGAGGCUGAUGUCCUUCAACAGUUGGGGGCUCUUUAACCUAUGGUACAUUUUUCACUAUGAUACUACUAUACUUAUAUAGAAAAGUUCUAGCGGCGGACUUUAUUAUCAGUAAAAUCUCAGUUCUAGCUACUGAAUGUUAGCGUGGGUUUCGGAUUUCAAGAUUUUUAUGGCCAUGCGUGUAUAUGCAUUUGCGAUUUUG